AUGGAGACACCCGCCUCGGAAACCGUCAAUCAGCCAGCCAAAGACCUCGAGAUGACCGAAGCAAAACCAGAAGAACCCUCUGUCCCGCCUACGCCUGCCAAUGGCGACAGCGCAGCCGCUAAUCCCCUCACAACAACGACGACAACGACGACGGCGACGACGAGAGAAGAAACAAGCAGCAGCGGGGUUGACAAGACAGGCGUCCCAGAAGCCUCGGUGGAAAAUGACGGCGAAGAGGCCGAUGUCGAAUCCUCCGCUGCCGCCCCCGAGGGCGAGCCCAAGAUCUCCAAGAACCAGCUCCGCAAGAUGAAGCGCAAGGCGGCGUGGGAGGACGGCCGCGAGGACCGCAAGCGCAAGCGCAAGGAGAAGCGCCACGAGCGUCAGGCCACCCGCCGCGAGGAGAUUGCCGCCGUCAUCGCCGAGGCCGAGGCCAAGGGCAUCGACCCGGCCUCCGUCGUCAUCCCGCCGAAGCGCAAGACGCCCAAGCAGCCCGCGACCCAGGUGCCUGUCGCCCUGAUCCUCGACUGCGAUUUUGAAAAGUACAUGCUCGAGAAGGAGCUCGUCUCGCUUGCCAGCCAGAUCACCCGUUCUUACUCGGACAACCGCGCCGCGAGGUACCGCGCCCACCUGUACGUCAGCUCCUACGGCGGCCAGCUGAAGGAGCGCUUCGAGACGACGCUGGGCAGCCAGCACGUGCACUGGAAAGGCGUGAAGCUCGUCGAGGGAGACUUCGUCGAGGCUUCUAGGGACGCCGACGAGCUGAUGAAGGGGCCCCGCGGCGGGCAGGUUAUUGACCUGCUCCAGCCGACCGGGGAGGACGGCGCCGCCAAGAAGCCCGCCGUCUUCCGGGACGUCCUCGACUCGGCGCCUAGCCCGGACCCCGAACCCGAACCCGCCGACGAGCUCAAGAACAUUGUCUACCUCUCCUCCGACUCUGUCAACACCCUCGACCGCCUCGAGCCCAACACGAGCUAUGUCAUCGGCGGCCUCGUCGACCGCAACCGCGAAAAGGGUCUGUGUCACCGCCGCGCGAGGGCGAUGGGCAUCCGGACGGCCAAGCUGCCCAUUGGGGAGUACAUGAACCUGUCGAGCCGGAGGGUGCUCGCAACGAACCACGUCGUGGAGAUCAUGCUCAAGUGGCUCGAGACGGGCAGCUGGGCCGAGGCGUUCCUGAGCGUCAUCCCCAAACGCAAAGAGGCAAAGCUGAAGGAGGAAGGCGGCGCUGGCAGUGCCAGCGGGACUCCCGCUGCAGAAGGGGCGGGCGGCGAGAUCGAGGACAGCAGGUUUGACGAGGAGGAUGACGAGGACGUGGACGAGAAGCAAACCAUCACGGAAAACGUGGCAGCGCCAGAGCCGUCAGCUGCGUCUCAGGAAAGCAACAAGGAAGCCUUGGGUAAAUCAUAA